AUGAUUUAUGGUAAAAAUUUCAAAGUAUGUUGUAAUAAGUGUUUCAAUGAUGGUAAAAUAGAAAGUUGCAAUGAUUUUGAUAUCUUGGUCCCAACAAGUAUUGAGUACAAUGGCUCAAAAGGCUGUUUAGAACUUAUACCAGUAAACUGGGAAGCUGGUCCAAAUGAUAGAGUUAACAACAAGAAAGUUCUAAAUGAUACCUAUAAAUACAAGUUUUAUAUUGUUUCAGCUGAAUUACAUCCUAAGCAUAAUGAAUGGUGUCUCCAAAGUGAUACUUUCAAAUAUAAUUGUGAUUCUCCUUGUUGUGAAACAAAACCAACUGAUUUGUAUCUUGAUGAUUCAAGUGUUAUUUUCAUGAAACUUCCUUACUUAUAUUUUCCUGAAAGAGUUUCAGAUGUUGUUGAACUAGGUAGACAAAUUAUACCUAAUGAUUUACCAAUAGAAUAUUUCAACAAGAAGUUUGAUUAUUAUCCACUGCAACUUAAAGAAUGUUAUAAUGAUCAUGAUAAAGACAAAACAUCUGUAUCUCCAAGGUUUGAAUCUGAAGAUAAACUUGGUCCACAAAUCCCAAAUGCAUUUGUUAAAAACAGUCAAUACCAAACUGGUGAUCAUGUUAACGACCAAGAGAGUUCACUUGACGAUACUGGAGAUUAUCAAAACAUCCGUGAUCUUGAUCUAGAAAAUAUUAAGAAGACAUUUAAUAGUUUGAAUGAUGAUUGGAAAUUGCCUAACCCAAAUGUUGAUGAAUACUACUAUACAAACUGUGAAGGUGAAAGUAAAGAUGAAGGAUUACCAAGACGCUUCACAAUAAAUAAGAAAGAACUUGAACAAGAAAUACUUGUCAAUCGUUACAAACAACUCGUGAAGUAUAUGAAACAUUUGAAUAGUCAAGGUAUUAUAGAAGAAAAUCAAUUGCCAUUACCUGAAAAUCAUGCAAUGUAUGAAAUUCAUGAAAUAGAACAGAAAUUUGAAGUUUCGAAAAAAGAUCAAUUUGAUCUUCAAAGUAAACCAUUAUCUGAUGAUGAUCACUACCAACAAAUUAAUAUUUUACAUAAGUAUUUGCCUAAAACCAUUUCAAACCAUAAUGGUGAUUCAAAUGAUAGCACUAAACCUUCUAAGAAAAGAAUGCGGCCAGAUAGUGAUUCAGAUGCAGAUUCUAGCUCUGAUACAGGGGUGAAUUCCAAAAUGCCCAAGAAUCCAAAUAAUUAUUCAAAUCUGAAGAUUGAUUUAGUUUCCACAAUGCCAUACGAGGGUAAUGUUUCAGACUCAGAUGACAAUAUGGUUGGAUCAGACUCGGAUGAUGAUGAUGAUCUCUUACAACAAUUAUCAAGCUUUUAA